AUGGCUUUAUCCCUUGAUGCCAUCCUAUCCGCUGUUGAGCUUUCUUUAUAUGGUCAUAACAUUGCAAGAACACGCAACAAUGACAUAAAACAGGAAAAGGAGACGAAGAAAUUCAAAUCAAUAGAAUGGCAUCGCGCCCAGCCUUAG